AUCUCCUCGCCGCUGGGAUCCAUAGUUCUUCAGUGCGGGGGCCAGACCCCGACACCCUAGGCGAAAAAAACCACUCGGAGAAUGUACUCAAGGUUUUCAGAUCUCAUCGUCCCUGAAACCUUAUCUCUCUGGAAACCCCAAGUAUGGUCCUGAUAAAAUCGCACUAGCGUGCUGUUUUUCUUUUAGGCCAUUCGAUGAGAUAUCGAUGGAUGCUGCGACGCUGAAGACAAGUUGGGAACGACCUCGAACAUGGAGGCGGAAAAGAAAGAGGGAUUGGCGCGGUUGGGUAUCCUCGAGGUCUUGUCUUAUGAUGAAGAUCCAGACCGCGCGCCGGAUGGGGACGAAGCAGAGCUGAGCAAAGAGAUCGCUCUUAAACAGCUUCCUAUUACGCGUGCCCUAUUGAUGGGUGCACUUUAUGCGGCUCUAUAUCUGCCCACCUUGAACCAAACUGUCGUUUCAAAUGCGCUUCCUAAAAUUUUGUCUGAUAUCAACAAAUUUGGAUCCGAUAUAGGCUAUACAUGGGUUGGUUCGGUAUACUCUUUGGCUCAAGCAAUGGCUCUGCCUCUUUUUGGUCAGCUGGGACAUACGCCUGGCAGAAAAUGGGCCCUGCUGGUGGCUAUGGGUAUCUUCAUGCUCGGCAGCACUCUUUGCGGAACUGCUGUCAACAUCCAAAUGUUGCUGGCGGCCAGAACUGUACAGGGACUGGGAGCCGGAGGGAUCAGCGGGUUGAUAUUUGUGCUUAUGGCCGAUAUGGUUCGGGUAAAAGGCGUCGGGAAAUACACAGAGCUCUAUGCUGCUGUAUGUGCUGUCAUUACAGCUGUCGGGCCUCUUGUCGGUGGCGCUCUUGCUGAGACGGCCAAUUGGCGCUGGUGUUUCUUCAUGAAUCUACCCAUUUGUGCCUUAUGCACAAUAAUUAUAUUGAUAUUGCUGCCGCGAUACGAUACCUCGGCAACUGUACGCCGCGCUGUUCGAAUGUUCGAUCUAUGGGGCGUCACUGCCAUUGGGCUGGGUAAAGUCUUGAUAGCAUUGGCGAUUCAAUGGGCGAUUCAGGACGAAACAUGGAACUCUCCGCAGGUAUUGGUAUCCUUGCUUAGCGGUGUGGCUGCACUGGUUGCGUUCGUCCCAUCGGAGAUGUCAGCCGAGUCACCAGUGAUUCCGUUCAGGUUUUUCAAACAUAGAACCCGCAUCGGGGCGUACAUGGCCGUUUUCUUCCAUUCUGUCGCGUUUUCUGGCCUCAACUACUGGUUACCAAUGUAUUUUCAGGCCGUCCGCCAGCAGACGAGCUCGGACAGUGGGCUAAGCAUGUUGCCAUGGACACUAUCAUUCGCUGUUAUGAGCGCUGCCGCCGGCAUUUUUGUCGUCGCGAUGAGAAGAUACCAAGAGUUUAUAUGGUCAGGAUUCUUCGUUGCGAGCGUUGCAUUCGCGUGCUUGACGUUACUUACUUCGGAUACGUCUACAGCGAUAACUUCCCUGUUGCUAGUGAUUGCUGGUCUUGGUGUCGGUCCUAAUUUCAACACACCCCUGUUUCCGGUUCACGCCUCCUUCGACAUGAGCGACAGCGACUAUGCCGCGACCCUAUCUCAGUCAACAUCAGCUUAUGCCUUCUUGCGGUCGUUGGGAUCAAGCAUUGGAAUCACUGCUAGUGGUCUAGUGUUUUUCGAGGACGUUGCGCAACAUCAGUCGGCGAGUCUUACUGUCUUCAACUUGACGCAAGCCAUCGAGUACUCUGAGCUCCUUCCCGAGGUAGAGGAAAAUGCCAAUGUUGAGAUAUUACAUACAGCCAUGCAGCAUGUCUUCAUCCAAGUAUGUGUCUGUAUGUGUGUGGGCCUGUUACUUAGUUUUUUUAUUGGUCGGCAUCAAUUCAGUAAUGAGCCGGAGGAAGACCAAGAUGACGAUGGCGAGGGCGCUCGAACAAUUCCACGAGUAGACUCGUUCGGGACAGAAGAUGGAUAGGAAUUGCCCUCUAAAUCACGGUUGGGCUGUCAUGAUAAUGUGAUUAGACAUGAUUUAUGGGUUAUAGACGUCAACGAUAAUAGAUACCACCAACCAAACCGAAUACUGAGCAUAACCCCAAUUGCCGGGAUCAG